CCGAGCGGCUAUUUUAACUUUCAGAUUCGGCUUCUACACGUCAAAAUACACAAGAUAGGUGAGUUUGAGCGAAAUCCAAGGUCUCGACAAAAGCAUGCUCAUUCGACGUUUUUUGAUUCAAAAGAUAAAUCCUGAAAAUUACCAUUGGCUGCUAAACGAUUAACAAAAAAAUGUUAAUCAAAUAAUCCAACAGCCUACUUGACUACUUGGAAUAUAGACGGACGAUUCUUCUUUCUCACACGCAAUGCCUCUAUUUAAGAGAUUGAUUGUCAUGGCCAGGAGCCAAGUGAUCUAUAGUAAAAUUCAACAAACCAAAUAUAUGUCGACUGUCAUCAAGAGUAAAGGUGACGACAAGAUGAUUUCUUCUGAAUCGCCAAUCAAAAAGUCAGUAUUUGUAUCGCAAUCCAUGGAUGUAUUUACCAAUCUGGCAUGGGAGGACUGGCUGUAUCGCAAUUAUGACUUCACCAGUCACCAUGUGCUACUACUCUGGAGAAACAAUCCUUGCAUAGUGUAUGGGCGUCAUCAGAAUCCGUGGAAAGAGUGCAAUGUCCAAAAAGCUAAAAAGAAAGGAAUAACGUUAGUGAGGCGGAACAGCGGCGGCGGUACUGUUUAUCACGAUAAUGGUAAUCUCAACUUAUCCUUCUUCACACCACGAGGGAGAUAUAAUCGAAAGUACAAUUUACACAUAAUUACGAGGGCACUGUUUCGUGAAUGGCGCUUGGAGAGCGUGAUCAACGAGCGCGACGACAUUGUCGUCGACGGAAAUUAUAAGGUAUCUGGAACAGCUGCAAAAUUAGGACGACCUAAUGCUUAUCAUCAUUGCACGCUAUUAGUCGGUGUGGAUAAGAGCAAUCUGAAAUUAGCUCUUGAAAGAAAAGAGAAUAAUAUCCUUACGAAUGCAACGACUUCCAUAAGUUCUCCAAUAAAGAAUUUGAACGACGUGAAUCCAAACAUCAAAAUGGAUAAACUUAUAACUGUCGUUGGUAAAGAAUAUUUGCGUACAAACGCUCUCGUUCUUGAAGAUGAAGGACAUGUCUUGUCUGAACAGCAGAUGGAGUUCCAGCUUAUCAAUCCAACGGAAGAUUUGUUCACUGGAUUGGAUGAGUUGACGGGCGUGUUUCGCUCCUGGGACUGGAAUUUUGGUAAGACACCGAAAUUUACGGCCACUCGAACGUUAGAAAUUACCAAUCACGAUGAUAAAGUGUAUUACGUGAAUUUGCACGUGGAUGUACAGAAAGGUCUCGUGGAGCAAGUCAAGAUGAGCUUGCCUGAUGGAUUAGCUUCGAUAGAUUUCGAUCAAGAUGCGAGCGCGAUUAGCAAUUUUUGCGGCAUAAGAUACGACCAUGAAAUAAUAGAAAAUAUAAUCGCCGCGAUUGACUGUAAAUGCGUCACGCUGAGAAGUCAAGUCGAAGACAAGAGCAACAUAAUUAUCAAACAAUAAUGGGACAAUUGUAGUUAUUCUUGUAGUUUUAUUAUCUUCAAAAUAGUUAAUUAAUAGAAAUAGUUAAUUGAACGACAUCUAAAGCACACACUACUUGCUGGAUGUAGUGAUGUGAUUUAAUGAACAUAAUUUAAUAAAUAAUUAUCGAUUCUUCAGAUAGCUGUAUAUAUGUAUAUAUGUAUACAAAUGACAGGUAUAUAAUAAUUUAUGUUCGCACGUUAUUGUGCACAGCAAAGAGAAUAAGAAAAUCUGUUAUUCAUGGUACUACCAGUAGUCACCGAUCAAUGCAAUAUUCAUUUAUUAAGGAUGUCAUAAUAAAAUGUUGUUACUUUUAUCUUGCAAGUAAAAUCCUUCAAUUUUUGUACUAUAAUCUAGAAUAAGCUACAAGUACACAUUAUCUAUUACACGAAUAUGUUUAAUUUUCUAAUUACGGUGUCCACACGUACUAAAUUGAUUAAACAAGGUAAUUGGUUCGUCAUCGGUUUAUAAUCGCAUCCCGAAAAUCUUGACUGGCGAUAAACAAACAAUAAAGGCAUAUAAAAGAGAAAAGAGGACAAAAGGAAAGAAAAAAGCAGAACUUUGUCCGUCGUGAGAAAGAUUUUAUUUUUCUCUUUGUUUAUAUGUUAUAUUAAUACAUAUCGCGCGUAGAAGCGUGGAUAACUAUAUGAUAAUCAACACUGUGCUUUUCUAUAUUCGUCUGUCCUCGUUAAUAUCGUUUGCCGCGAUAUCGACGACAAGAUAUCUUCCUCCGGGCGAGCCGUGAAUGUGAAGUGUAAACACGUUACACGGUGUAAAAAUCCGAUGUAAAAAUU